GUUCUCGUUGCUGGCUAGUUGCCCCCACGUCUACCGGUUUCAAUCUUGUCAGGCUGCUUGCAAUGUUCUCCUUGAUCAUACUCGCUGGUGCCGUCCUUGCACUUUCCUCGCUAGUGCGCUAUUACCGCUGGCUCACGCACCAUUCUAUCGAGUAUAUCCGAGGCCCAAAUACCAAGUCUCGUCUACUGGGCAAUGUUCGCGAAUUCAUGUAUCAGGAGAAUGUCGGCGAUCUUGACUUCAAGCUCUUGGACGAGUAUGGAACGGCCUGGAGGCUGAAGUCGCCUCUUGGGCUCAAUUAUCUAAUGAUCUGUGAUCCUAAAGCGCUGCAAUACAUAUUACACAAGUCUGGGUACAACUUCCCGAAGAGCGUCUUAACUCGCAUCGGAUCAUUCAACGUAGCUGGCCGGAGUAUACUGUGGGCACCAAAUGGCGAAGUUCACUCCAGACACCGGAAAGUUAUGAACCCUGCGUUCACCGCCCCUCAAUUGCGGUCCUUCCUGCCGCUGUUUCGUAGAGGGUCCAACAGGUUAUGUCAGAAAUGGAAAGACGAGGUCCUAGACCACACCCCAGGAGGUGUCACUAUUACCGUGAAUAAAUGGCUUGCUCGUACAACCUUGGAUGUAAUCGGAGAAGCGGCUUUUGAAUUCCAGUUUGGCGCUUUGGACAACUCCGAGAACGAAGUUAGCAAAGCCUAUAGUAAUAUGUUCUCCGAUUCAGUUAUGUACCCGUCUGCCUGGAACGCAAUCUUCCAGACACUCUGGAACUUCACGCCUGACUGGAUGCUCUACUACGUGCGCCACGUCCCGACCCGCGAAUACGUCCGUUUCAAGCACACCUUGCAAAUUAUCAACGGGGUGUCGAAGGAGCUAAUCGAUCAAAAAUCCGAGGACCUGCUUGACGGCGAUAAAUCCAACAAAGAUGUGAUGAGCAUCCUCGUGCGCGCUAACGCCUCAGAGAAUCCGAAGUCCAAGCUGUCGGAAGAAGAGAUGGUGUCGCAGAUGGCCGCGCUGACCCUCGCCGGACACGAGACGACGGCGAACACUAUCACCUGGCUGCUUUGGGAGCUGGCCAAGCACCCGGAGUAUCAGCAGAAGCUACGCGACGAGAUCGCCUUGAAGAGGGCGGAGAUCAAUGCCCGAGGCGACGUGGACUUCACCAUGGACGACCUCGAGUCUAUGGAAUAUCUGCAGGCAGCUCUCAAGGAAACCCUGCGCUACCACCCGAUUGUUUACCACCUAUCUCGGCAGGCGAGCAAAGACGACGUCAUUCCAUUGGCGUACCCCAUCAUGACUAAGAAGGGCGAGAUGGUCUCGGAGAUUCCUGUCGCCGCCGGUCAGGUCAUUAUGCCCAAUAUCGCCGUCUACAAUCGCCUACCCCAAUUGUGGGGCGACGAUGCUCACGAGUGGAAUCCGAUGAGGUUUAUCGACGGCCACCCAAACACACAGGUUCGCCUUGGCAUGUUUGGCAAUUUGAUGUCAUUCUCCGCCGGCGUCCGUGGAUGCAUUGGAUGGCGGUUCUCUAUGAUCGAAAUGCAGGCCAUUACCGCUGACCUUGUCGAAAACUUCCAAUUCAGCAUCCCUAAGGAGAAGCCCGAGAUUAUUCGUGUGCCAGCAGGUAUCAUGGCACCAAUGGUAAAGGGGAAGAUGCGUGAAGGCAUACAAAUGCCGCUCCAUGUCACUGCUCUCUAGGCCAAGUGCAGAACGGGACCAUCGGCAAUGGACAUUGAUAAUUACAUACGUCAAGUUCUCGCACAUUAUCCCCCGUUUCUUUUUAUCGAAUGUAACUUCCAUCCUUCCGGUCGUUAAGAGAACAUUUUACGAAUUUUUGCAACGAUUUUUAUCCAGCGC